GACCACGUGGGCUCAGCUUUCCCUUCGGUCGACCUUGGAGGUCCACGGCCGGGGGUCAUGGCGGGCCCUUUGCAGGGAGGUCGUGUAAGGGCACUGGACCUGCUGCGAGCCCUGCCGCGAGUUAGCCUGGCCAACUUAAAGCCGAAUCCCGGCUCCAGGAAACCGGAGAGAAGACCAAGAGGUCGGAGAAGAGGUAGAAAGUGUGGCAGAGGCCAUAAAGGAGAAAGGCAGAGAGGAACCCGGCCUCGACUGGGCUUUGAGGGAGGCCAGACUCCAUUUUAUAUCCGAAUCCCGAAGUACGGGUUUAAUGAAGGACAUAGCUUCAGGCACCAGUAUCAGCCCCUGAGUCUCAAUAGACUGCAGUAUCUUAUUGACUUGGGUCGAGUUGAUCCUACUCAACCUAUUGACUUAACCCAGCUUGUCAAUGGCAGAGGUGUGACCAUCCAGCCACUUAAAAGGGAUUAUGGUGUCCAGCUGGUAGAGGAGGGUGCUGAUGUCUUCACGGCUAAAGUUAAUAUUGAAGUGCAGUUGGCUUCAGAACUUGCCAUUGCUGCAAUUGAGAAAAAUGGCGGCGUUGUCACUACAGCAUUCUAUGAUCCCAGAAGUCUGGAAAUUUUGUGCAAACCUGUCUCAUUCUUUUUGCGUGGAAAACCCAUUCCAAAACGAAUGCUUCCGCCCGAAGCACUGGUACCAUAUUAUACUGAUGCAAGGAAUCGUGGUUACCUGGCGGAUCCUGCCAAAUUUCCUGAAGCAAGACUUGAACUUGCCAGGAAGUAUGGUUAUAUUUUACCUGAUAUCACGAAAGAUGAACUCUUCAAAAUGCUCAGUGCUCGAAAAGAUCCACGGCAGAUCUUCUUUGGUCUUGCUCCAGGCUGGGUGGUGAAUAUGGCUGACAAGAAAAUACUGAAGCCCACAGAUGAGGAUCUCAUCAAGUAUUACAGCUCAUGAGCGCCCCCAAGAGAGCGGUGUUGUCAGAAUGCUGGAAAGGGACAGAUGCAUAUGUAUUUCUCAUGGACUUCUCUAAUGUCUAAUUCUCCAGAUGUUCACAUUGGUUUUCAGUGUAAUCAUUGUCUCUUGUUUUUAUCUAAAAUAAAAAUAAAAAUGCAAUAAGUAAGAAA